GACAGCAGAACGGGGGCCCCGUUUUAGGGACCCCACGAGGGGGCGGAGCCUGCCGCGGGCCACUCUGGCUGCUCCCCAGGAUGGAGGGGUGUCCGCGCCCAGGGAUACCUCCCAGACGUGGCCCAUGUCUGCCACGAAGUUAGAACUCCACUCUGCCCAGGGUGGACUCGGGCGCCCCUUCAGGAAGAGGAGCUGUCCCGCGGAGGAAGGGGUCAGAGUCGGCUGGGGCUGGGGAGACGCCUCUGACCUUUGCCGACCUCACAGGCUGGCAGGGGAGCUGCCCCGGAGCGCCAUGGAUGCCCCCCGAAGGGACAUGGAGUUGCUCAGCAACAGCCUGGCAGCCUACGCACACAGCCGAGCUAACCCCGAGAGUUUCGGCCUCUACUUCGUGCUGGGCGUCUGCUUUGGCCUGCUGCUGACCCUGUGUCUGCUGGUCAUCCGCAUCUCCUGUGCGCCCCGCCCGCGGUCCCGGGGGCCCGCUCCGCGCCGGGACCCGCGCAGCAGCACGCUGGAGCCCGAGGACGACGACGACGACGACGAGGAGGAGGACACGGCGACACGGCUGGGCCCCGACGACACGCUGCCGGGCCCCGAGCUAUCCGCGGAGGCCGAUGGGCCCCUCAGCGUCAACGUCUUCACGUCGGCGGAAGAGCUGGAGCGCGCUCAGCGGCUGGAGGAGCGCGAGCGGAUCCUGCGCGAGAUCUGGCGCACGGGGCAGCCGGACCUGCUGGGCACGGGCACGCUGGGGCCCCCCACGGCCACCGGCACCCUAGGCCGCGUGCACUAUUACUGACGGGCCCAGGCUCCCGCUGCAAGGCGCUCUGGGCCCUGGACAUGCACGUGGGCCCGGAGCUGCCCCAGGACCUUUGGACUGCCUCAGGCCCCAAGGCUCCCUUGGUGCAAGGCGCAAGGACAACCUCUGAGGGGCAGGCACCCUUUCCCAGUCCUGCGAGAAGUCGGGGUGGGGGUGGGGGCAGGAUGCAGGGUCUCUACCUCCUCUCUGGGGACGAUGAAAGGGCAAAGCGACCAAUGAAAGCUGCAUUCUCAGUGA